CUCCUUCACUUAUCCGUCCCCCCACCUCCAUUCUUCUCGUCCCUGUCUUGCAAGGGACCAGUUAUCACGUCGUUGCUUUGUCGCACCAGAAAUAAAAUAAAAUGUCGACCUUCUUCCCCUGUGCAGAGCCACCAAAGGCCCAUCUCUUCAUGUCCCAUUACUCUUUCAACUCGCCAAAGGACCUGCACUCCCGAGCCAUCCUCACCCACCCCUUCAACCACAAGAUCCAAGUCUUCCUGCCAACAGCCCACUCUGAAGCCAUUGAAGCAACGCUCACAGAGGCCCUCCUGCGAGAUGUGCAUUACUACCAUGCCCACAUCCCGCUCUCGCUCUUCCUCACCUCGACCUUCAUGCAGUACAUCCGCAAUGGCAUGGUUUCAUUAUCGAUCCAAGGAGGGAUCGAUACACACGACGUCGUUUGUCUCGAUGGGAAAGGCAAACUCAUUCUUUCCCUCACCAAAGACUCGUAUGAGCAACUCGGUUUGAUAGGAACUCCCUCAAAAUUUUAUCCUAAUCGCCAAAGAUAUGUGGUGGAGGUCGAUCUGCGCGCCCCCUCUAUGAUACCAGGAAAACCGGGAUUCGAGCGGAUCAAAUGGUGUUUUGAGAAUACUCUUACUACCACCUUUCCAAUGCUUCUCGUCAGCGUCACUCCAGAAGGCGUCUCAUUGCCACUGAAAUUCCCAGACUCUGCGAGAGCAACAAAGCUAUCUUUUAACAUACAAAGUACUCGUUUGGACAGUAUCCUCAUUCCUGACACGACUACCAUCAGGACCAUUGGCAGGAAUGACCUCCGCUGGCGGAAAAGCGUGGCCGAGCUAUACGAAUGGAUCGGCAUGUCAGCAAUGCAGUCCGAGCGCAUUUCUCUCGGAGACCGCGUGGAUUCGUUUUUGUGUGUAUAUUCGAAUCCACCACAGACAACAGCAGAACCAGUUGGAUCCUCCGGAUGUCUCAUCGAAAUAUCUGGACUAAUCCCUUCACAAUCCGUUUUUCAGAUCUUUGAAUCUCUUCGGUCUGUGCUCCCCGAGCUCGUAGAUCCUGUUUGGGCCAAUUUUACAGUGUGGGGGUUCCAGGAUGCACCCGUUUCAUGGCUGGGGCGGGAGCAUGGUCAUUUGUUGAGCGGAGAGAACAUGUACUCAUUUUUCAUAUGGUCUUCAAAUCUCCAGUUGCAUGACAAAGAAGAUCCAGACACGGGUAUAUAUGUGCUCCUGGAAAGUGUUGCGACCUAUGACGAGCAUUCUUAGCUCCAUUUUGCAAUACAAUGAAGAGCAAAACUGUCGUAAGGCUG